AUGGGCUGUUCACGCAUCGGGUUGAUGCUGAUGUUGCUCAUCAGUGUUCCGGGCUCCACCGGCUCUUGUCCGCCGCCGUGCGCCUGUUACGUGCCCGCUGAAGUUCACUGCACCUUCCGCUCGCUGGUCGCGGUGCCCGCGGGCAUCUCCACACGAGUCCAGCGCAUUAAUCUCGGGUUUAACACUAUAAAUCACAUCACAGACACUGCCUUUGGUGGCCUGAGAAACCUGGAGCUGCUCAUGAUGCACAGCAACAAUGUGCGUAAAAUCCCAGAUAGUGCCUUUCAGGAUCUGGUUUCCUUGCAGGUGUUGAAAAUGAGCUAUAAUAAAGUGCGAGUCAUCACUGGCCACGCCUUCUCCGGUUUGGCGAGUCUUAUGAGGCUCCAUCUGGACCACAAUCACAUCGAGUUCAUCCACCCUGACGCUUUCAGUGGUCUGACAUCACUGCGCCUGCUUCAUCUUGAGGGAAACCACCUACAGAAGCUCCAUCCUGCUACAUUCAGCACCUUCACCCUGUUACAGCGGUUUCCCAUGUCCACACUGAAGCACCUGUACCUGUCUGACAACCUCCUGAGCAAUCUGCCCAGAGACAUGCUGAAGAACAUGCCUCAGCUGGAGAACAUCUUCUUAUAUGGGAACCCCUGGAGCUGUGAUUGUGCAAUGAGCUGGAUACAGGACUGGAGAACACACUAUUCAGGUGUGAUGAAAUGUAAGAAGGACAGAACAUUUCUCAAUGGCCAACUAUGCCCGCUGUGCACUUCUCCUAAACACCUUAAAGGAAAAGAUAUCACCGAUGUUAAAAAAUUUAUCUGCUCAAAACCAAGAUUUACAGGAAAGGACAUCUCACAUGAGGAGAACAUCAGUGAACUUCUACCCAUUGACAGGAUCAAACCACCAUUUGGAAAUAUAUCCCUAACUUUAUCCGAUGAGCAUGGGACUAAUGUGGACCUCAUCUGCCAAAUAUUGGAACCAAGAGAGUCCAGUAAAAUCAGCUGGAAUUACACCAAAUCUCUGGAGAUCGCUGCAAACAUGAGUCUCUUCUUUGAUGUGGAAUGUCCUAUUGAUGGAGACAACUAUGAAAGCUUGUGGAGGCUUCUUGCAUACUAUAGUGAAGAGCCUGUGCAUCUACGAAGGGAAAUCAUGUUAACCAAAGAGCCUCAGGUGAGCUACAGAUACAAGCAGGACAUUGAAAAGGACGCCUUCUACUACACUGGAGUCCGAGCCAACGUUUUAGCCCAACCGUCUUGGCUCAUGCAGUCCUUUAUGAACAUAAAGUUGAACAGGCCCUAUUCCUCCUCUAAGAGUGUGAGGCUUAUUCUUAACACUCAUCUGUCAACCAGCACAAACCGGGAACUCAUAAGACGGCAGAGGAGAUCUUGGGUCAUGAUCCAACAAAACAAUAAAACCCAAACAACCUUCAGCUCUGUUGUGGGUGGUGUAAUUGAAAUGGACUGCAAUGUGCAAAGCUCUGGGAACGUGGCCAUUCGGUGGAUGUUGCCUGAUGGUUCAGAGAUUAAAGCAGCAUUCAGAACACCUGACAAUAGAGUAUCUGUCUCUAGCACUGGCACGCUUCACAUUAAAUCUGUCAACCACAGAGACUCUGGAGUUUAUUACUGCAUUGCAGAGGUUGUAGGAGAUACUGAUAUUCUGCCUUUCCGUCUUUCCGUUGUGGAGUCGUCCACCACGCUUCCAGAUGAAAAGGUUGGAAGCGCAUUGACUAGAUUUGUUGGCGAAUCGGCUUCCUUGCCUUGUCUUACUGUAGCAGCACCUGAUGCGGUGGUGAAUUGGAUAUUUCCAGAUGCCCGUAUAGUGAAUGCAAAGGCAAACAUUUCCAGGGCCAUAGUCUAUUCCAAUGGGACUCUCUUCAUUCCUUAUAGCCAACUCAACAACAAUGGAUAUCACAAAUGUGUUGCCAUGAAUCAGCAUGGUGUGGAUGUAUUGGCAACUAAACUCACGGUCUUGAGAAGGAAACCAAUCCAGCCACUAAAACGGUUUCCCAUUAGACCACAAUCUGCUGCAGGUGUGUCCACUAAGGUAAAAGCCUUUUUGGAGGAAAUGGAAGAAGCUUCUGGAGAUGAUUCUAAUGCUCAAGAAAGAAUACAACCAAACAGAAGCUUCAUUAACCAAAGGAAGGGUCCAAAUGCAAGAAAAAGAGAAAAGGAUUCAUUUAGCAACGUCCGCCAUAGACGUCCUUACAGGAAAGGCAUACAUGGAGAGCAAAACCAAAGAGGUGUUAAUAUAAAGAACAAAAUAAACCCACAGAAAUGGGCCGAUAUUUUGGCUAAAAUCCAUGAGAAAACGGCCAACACGUCACGCCAUAUUGUCCAUCAUUCUACACCAGUGAAUUUAGCGAAUCCAGGAUUGAUUGACAACACAGAGGGGGAAUCUCCAGAUGACACAAAUCCACAAGAAGAAUCAAACACUUUCGGCACUCCACGCCAAAUGGGUCAUCAGGCUUACAACACUCCAGCAGCUACAUCUCAGAUUGAGGAACAGAACCUUGAUGUCAACCAAACUGCUCCUUUCGAGUUAGACACUAGUUCAGACAACGUGACUUACACCAGAUAUCCCACAGCUGCUUCAGAUUAUGUGAUCACAGAGAUAAAUGUUGCAGAAGGAAGGCAUGUGGGCACCAUAAGGCAACUUGAGCAUACAGAAAAUAACCAAGCAAACUUGGGGACAGAGAGUGUGAAAAAAGGCAAUAUCGCCAGAACGGGUGGUUUUGACGCUGGAGAACUUGUUGUCAGCACUUCAUUUAUGAACACUUCAACUGGCAGCAUUAAGCAAGAACCUCCAACUGCCUCAACACAAUUGAGAGCAAAAGAUCAAUGGAGCUCUAGAAGGCGAUUUGGGGGCAGACGGCGCAUAAAAUUAAGAAGGCCAUUCUCAAAGAUUACGACAAGUAGACCGUGGUCAACAUCUACUGUAACAGAAGUUCAUUUUCAUACUGCAUCUUUGACCACAGAACCUAAAAUCCUAGCUGGAGACACACCGGUCGAUUCAACUACAAGAGCUUCUGCUCAGGAAUACACCACAUCUCCAGAUGAAAGCACAUCUGUCUAUGCAAGUACUAGAGCUUCUGUUCACAUAUACCCCAUAAUCCAGAUGACAUUGACAGAUGGAAUGAAUGAGGAAAAUACCAUCUCCACCCCUGAUGGAAAAAUUGGUUCAGACAUCCAUUUAGUAAAGCCAAUUGUUUUCCUCAAAAUUCAGGAGACAACUAGCUCUACAUCUCACCCAACGUACACUCCUUCUGCAACAGUGUCUGGAGUUUUGACUCCGGGAUUAGAAAAUAAAUACACUACUUCUUUAGAAGAGAAAGAGGAUGAAGAAAUGGAGGGGAACUUGGUUCCUAUAAGUGCAGGUCCAACUCCUACACCUGGUGUUGAAACUGUCCCACUGACAACUGCCCGGCUGGAAUUUACAAGCUUCAUUUCAUCUGUGUUACGAACUGAUGCAACAGAGAUGAGCUCUUCACUGAACCCAGAUGAUUCUCCAUUGGAUGUCUUCCCUUUAUCUGAAUCACACUUUGAGGAUGUUCUAAGAAAGAAUGAAACGUUAGAAAUAAGUAGUUCUAGAGAAAAUGUUACUUCUAAAGAAGAAUCUGUAGUCACUCCAGUGACACCACUUAAUGCCCCUCUAGAAGAUUAUGCCAUUUUAAAACCAAAUGAAAGCCUUAGAGAAGAAUCGGUUGGAAACCAAAUAUCGUUUCCAUCAACAACAAAGACAACUCUUAGGAUUAAAACAGAGUCUUUGGCCGCACCUUCACAUCCAAAUGAACGCUUUAAAGAAGGAUUGGUUCAAAGCAAACCAUCCUUUCCUUCAACAACAGAGACACCCACAACAUCCAUUAUCUCUGUUGGGAUUCAAACAGAGUCUUUGGCCGCAAGUCCACAAAAACCUUUUCUUGCUACUCACAAUAAAAACAAUAAGAUUUUCUUCUUGAAAUCAAAUUCAGUUUCUAAGGAAGACCAAAGGGAAGGGUUAUUUCCGAAGCUUGAACCUUUUAUUGUUCCUGCAACAUUUACAGAUACUUCAACCACAAUUACAUCAGCAGUAGCAACAACCAUAAUUCCUACUACAACCCAGUUGAUUAAAAUAACAACACCAUUUAUUGCACUACCCACAGCAACCACUGCAACCACCCCAACACCUGCUAACCCAUUAAAAAUUGGCCUUCCCUUACCAGACAACAAAAUCCCAAUUUACUCAAGAAAUCCUGAAACAAACUACAUAGAUGCCAGACACAGUGAGAGAAUUCCCAGCACGAAUAUCAGGUAUCCUUAUCACAGUAGAAAUCCUUCUGUAGUUUGUAGGCCAAAUAUUAUAAGAGCAUCUUCUGUGACCACCUCAUCUGUGGAUUUAAGAUCUGUCAAUGACAUCAAAUCAACUACAACACUGAAAAUAUUGACCACAACCAGCUCAAGUCCUACAACUACCUCAAGAACCACACAGCCAAACAACCAGAUUCAGAUCCAUGGGGAAUCCAUGAUCAGACAGUCGAAAGGAGUUCUUUUAUCUCAACGACCCCAAACUCCAGCUGUCCUGCCAAUGAGACCCAGAAUUACUACUGCUAAACUUCACACUAUCACUGUGAAUGCUGGGACAGAUGUGGUACUGCCGUGUGAUUCAGUGGGGGAGCCCAAACCAUUCCUGACCUGGACUAAAGUUUCAACAGGAGCCAUCAUAUCAGCAAAUACUAGAAUCCAGCGGUUUGAGAUCCAUCCCAAUGGAACAUUUAUCAUCCACAACGUCCAGCUUCAGGACCACGGCCAGUAUAUGUGCAGCGCUCGAAAUCUAUAUGGCAUUGAUAAGAUGACCGUGACCCUGGUGGUCUCUGCCCACAUGCCCAGAAUGACACUUCCACGUCAUCAAGAUAUGACUGUUUAUCUUGGAAACAGUGCUCUUAUGGAAUGCCAGGCGCAGGGUCUCCCGACCCCAAACAUAAGCUGGGUGCUGCCUGACCGCUCAGUGGUGCAUUCUGUUAGCAAGACAGAUCAGAGGGUUAUGCUAAUGGCGAAUGGAACUCUUCAAAUCAAGCACACUAACUACCCGGACAGGGGUGUCUACAAAUGCAUAGCAAGCAAUGUUGCUGGGGCCGACAUGCUCUCAGUGAGACUCCAAAUUUCAGCGUUGCCUCCCAUUAUUCAGCAACAGCGCUGGGAAAACCACACGGUCCAUGAUGGCGAGGCAGUGUACAUCCACUGUACUGCUGAGGGUGCUCCGAGUCCAGCUAUACGAUGGGUCAGCAUGAGUGGUGUACAAAUUCUUCCCUCACAGUUCAUCAAUGGCAACUUGUUUGUUUUUCCCAACGGGACACUGUAUAUCCGCAAUCCAACAGAAAAAGAUUCUGGGAAUUAUGAGUGUGUAGCUGUGAAUUCUGUGGGUGUGUCCAGAAGAACUGUGAGUUUACAAGUGAAAAGAAAUUCAUCACUGGCCAAAAUCACAUCCACCUCUAAACAGAGAACAGAUGUGAUCUACGGAGACCAGUUAAGUCUGAACUGCACCGCCACUGGAAGCCCCAAUCCCAGGAUCAUCUGGAGGACACCAUCAAAAAAACUGGUUGAUGUACAUUACAGCUUUGAUCGUAGGAUAAAAGUGCUCAGUAACGGCACCCUAACCAUCAAAUCAGUGACCGACAGGGAUGAGGGUGACUAUCUCUGCGUCGCCAGAAACAAAAUGGGGGACAAUUACUUUCUCCUUAAAGUGAACGUGAUGAUGAAAGCCGCCAAAAUUGAACACAAACCACUGAGCAAUCACAAGGUGUCAUAUGGAGGCGAGCUGAAGGUCGACUGCAUUGCUUCUGGUCUUCCAAACCCAGAGAUCUCGUGGAGCCUUCCAGAUGGGACGAUGGUCAACAACAUCCUGCAGUCUGACGACAACUUGAUCCGCACCAAGAGUUACGUUGUGUUUGACAACGGCACGCUGUAUUUCAAUGAGGUGGGAAUGAAAGAGGAAGGCGACUACACGUGCUAUGUCGAUAAUCGGAUUGGUAAGGAUGAAAUGAAAGUUCACAUCAAGGUGGUGGCGGAUGCGCCAGUAAUUCGGAAUAAGACUUACGAUGUCAUCAAGGUUCCUUACGGGGAGACGGUUGUCCUCAAUUGCAGUGCAAAAGGAGAACCAUCUCCUACCAUAACAUGGAUGUCAUCAUCAAGUCGCAUUAUAUUGCCAGUAUCAGACAAGUACAAAGUUGCCAACGACGGGACGCUGAGCGUCCAGAGAGUCCAGAGGUUUGACGCAGGGAAUUACACUUGCUCAGCCAGGAACGUUGCAGGAAUGGACAAGAAAGUCCUUCAUGUUGAAGUCCUUGUGUCUGGACCUGUCAUCAAUGGAUUGAAGAGUCCCAGCACCAUCAAAACAACUGCCUCGAAAGAUCAGCGUGUACUCGUAGACUGCAAAGCCGAGGGAAACCCUGUUCCACAGAUCACGUGGGUACUUCCGGACAAUGUUGUCCUACCUGUGCCAUACUACGGCUCAAGAAUCACAGUUCAUCGCAAUGGUACUCUGGACAUCCGUGGGGUGCGCAAAAGCGAUUCUGCAGUGUUUCUCUGCAUUGCACGCAAUGAUGGAGGAGAAGCAGAACUCCAGGUUCAACUUGAUGUGAUUGAAGAUAUUGAGAAACCACGCCUGAGAAGUUCGCCUAUGGAAACCGUCCCAUUGACUGAUGGAAUACCAGUGAGCUUAAACUGUUCUAUUGAUGGAAAACCCAAACCAGAGAUCACCUGGAUCCUCCCCAAUGGAACGUCUCUCCUAAGUGGAACUAGUAUUUUCCGCUUCCAUCAUCGGCUUGAUGGGACUUUACUCAUUAGAGAACCUUCCGUUUCAGAGGCGGGCUGGUAUCGUUGCGUAGGGCAUAACAGUGCUGGUUCUGUCGAACGGACUGUGAUCUUGGAGUCGAGUAGAAAGCCUGACAUAAUCAACAAGUACAGCUCACUAAUUAGCAUCAUAAGUGGCGAGAAUUUGCAGCUGAACUGUUUAUCAAGCGUAAAUACGUUGCCCAAACUGACAUGGACUUUGCCGAAUGGAGUCGUCCUAACCAGACCAAUGCGAACAGGACGCUACGCUGUUCACAACAACGGUACGUUGACUGUUCAAAGGGUGUCCGUCUAUGACAGGGGAAUAUACCUCUGCCAGACUACAAACGAAUAUGGAUAUUCAAGUCUGACAGUUUCGGUCAUCGUAAUAGCGUAUCCUCCUCGCAUCACCAGCGGAGCUGCGGCGGUUACCUACGCCAAACCAGGCGUGGCGGUUCAGUUAAACUGUCUCUCUCUUGCCACACCUAAAGCCGAGGUGGUUUGGGAAAUGCCUGAUGGAUUGCAAUUCAAGGUUGGCGCCCAGCCGCGUCUCUAUGGCAACAAGUAUCUCCACCCACAAGGCUCAUUGAUUAUUCAGAACCCGUCAAGCAGAGACAAUGGCUUCUAUAAAUGCACGGCCAAAAAUGUGGUGGGUAGCGACAGCAGAGGAACAUAUGUUUACGUGUUUUGAUGUAAACCGUAACACUUUGCAGACAUGCCCGAAGAACUGCGAUCAGUCGGUGCAGACGAUAAGGUUUACACCAAAGGGAUCUUUUAGAAAUACAGUAUAUGUUUAUUUAAUACUUUCUACUAGCGGUCUUGUAAAUAAAGUAUGAACAUGUACAUUUAAGUUUAAAUCAAGCAACUCUGGAGUGAGAAGCAUGUUGUUUAUAUUAAUAAAUGAAUGCUAUAGGAAAGUACUGUAUACUGAUGAGCAGAUCCACAUGACAUUUCACAAAGAUCUACAGGUCCUUCACCCCUUGCAUUUUUGUUUAUCAGCCUGAUCUCAUGAAAAUGAUUUGACUGUGCCAAAUAUUGGGAACAAACACUUCGGCCCACGUGCCGAAGUGUCCUUGGGCAAGACACUGAACCCCAAGUUGCUCCCAAUGGCAGGCUAGCACCUUACAUAGCAGCUCUGUCACUAUUGGUAGUUUUGCAAUUCACUGACGCUUCAAGAUGCAUGUAAUGGUAUACAAUCUGAAAUGGCCUUUGCAUUUGAUGCCCAAAAUCCCUGUAGAUUGGCAGAUUGUGGGUCAUAGCUAUUGUUUAACUGCUAGGUGCUUGACUUGCAUAAAAAUGUAGUGGGGGAAAACAUUUAUUAAUUCAAUAAAUCUGAGAUUUCUUCCGGUGCACCUCAGGGUUAGGACAUGCAUGCAGUGUUUCUUAUCCCUAAAAUAAAUGUUUUAUUGCAUAUAAACAAUAAUGUAAAUUUUUGUAAACUGCAAUUAGCAGCACCUUGCAUUAGCAUGGAAGUCUGUGUGAAUAAUGUACUCACUUCUAAACUGUCUACAAGUGGUGUUAUUGUAAAACUGUACAUGAGAAUGAAAGGAAAGGUGUUCACUUCUAAAGAUAAAAAACUAAGAAUUGAACUGUUUAUAUCUGGAUAUCA